CAGCAAACAAGUGUCCAUACUCGCAAUCAAGCCUACAUAACUACAACAACGUGGUUUUCUCACCCUACUCUUCAUGUGCAAACUAAUUGGAAACUAUUCGAGGUAAUGUAACUGCACAAACGUGCCUUGAACGCUUGUCUUUGUCUCGCACACAAAGCGACCAUGUCAUUCCAUUCUAUGCAGCGCACAAAGAGACAAACUUGCCAGGAUUUGCCCUAUACCUUGAUGAAAGAUGCAGUACUGUGUCGGCCGAUAUUCCCACAUACUCCAACGAACUUACCUACCCCCAACGUGACGAGGCCAAAAUGUGCUACUACCGACUCUCCAUAUUCAUGGGCUGCGGGCAUUCUGUCCUCUCAUCAACGCCGGUGGGGUUUUGUGCCAAAGCAGGAGAGACCCACGAAGAUAGAGACAACAAAGAAGAAGAAGAAGAAGAAGAAGAAGAAGAAGAAGAAGAAGAAGAAGAAGAAGAAGAAGAAGAAGAAGUGGUAGAAGCGAAAAGGCCAAGAGUGAGUUUAGCACUGCAAUAUCCCGAGUUUAUACUUUAUGAGGAUCUUAACUUUGGAGCGACACAGCGGUCUUUUACGCCUGCAAAUCUGGGGAGAAGCAUGGGCAGGAGGGAAGGCAGAUUUGCGUGUGGGCAUGGGCGGGUGCAUCCGUUUUGUACGGUUAAGGUUGAGGGGGGGUGUGUUGGGUGUGCGGGUGAGAGGGAGGGGAGGCUGCGGGCGCUUGGGGUUUGGGUUGGAGAGGGGAGAUUGGGAAAACUGGGUACUGGGAGAGGGGGGUUCUGAAAAGUGCUGUAGGAAAAUGAAUAAUGG